AUGCAACAACCUCAUUCACCUUCAUCAAUGACAUCUGUACAACAUCAGCAACAGCAACAACAUAAUAGUGGAGGAUCUACUACUAGUAGUUCGUUGUCACCUUCACAAUCCUCGAUGUCAUUGGGCACCCAUGAACAGCCUUUAGAGGAGAAGUAUGCCGAUACUUCAUUGUACCCACUACCGGUUCGCUUUGAAAAGCUGAUUCCUCUAGACGAACGAUACAUCACACACUCUACAUUCCUAAAGAACAAAACAGAGACAAGUUUCAUUGGUUUGCUAACCAGUGCGAAGUUCUACAGUGUCGAUCCCGAUACCAACAAACAAAAGUGGAUCAUCAAUCUCUUUGAUAUCCACUCUAUAGAGGGUGAUGAGUCGAUCGAUCCAAAGAUGUUGAAGAUAGUAUAUCACAUCAGACCGACCAGUGGAACAAGUGGUACGAGCACAAGCAGCGGUAAUCUGAAUAGCACGAUUGUUGGUGGUGGCGGUGGCGGUGGCGGUACUUCCAACGGUGGAAUUGGUACUGUUGGCAAUUCACUGAGUAGCAGUACGGACAAUAUGAACCCAUCGCCGCCAGACUCACCCAAUAUAAGUGGUGGCGGUGGUGGACUACAUAGAAUUGGACAACUCACAGCAACUGCACUAAAGAAAGCGACAAACGCAUCCGAUAGCAACUUUAUCGGUGAGAAGGUGUUCAUUGCAGAGUCUGAGGAUAUCAGAGAUCAAUGCUAUUCGAGCAAUCAUUUAUACCGGCGCCCGCAAUCUAUCAACUACAUCUCUACUGUUAAGCAAAAUUUAGAAUUGGGUAAAGUUAAAUGGUCAUUCCCAAUUACAGCAUUAAAGAAUAUUCAGGUAUUUAAAUCACCAACCAAUCUAAUAGUUUUAAAUCUUGAUAACAAAGAGAAUUCAAAAGUUAAAGAUACACAGCAAUUCAUUUUAAGAGAUAUCUUUGAAAGAAACUUUGUUGUUAAUGAACUAAGAAGAUUAUAUAAUAGAUCCACCAAACAACAUUUAACAAAAGAGGAAAAAGAUGAACCACAGCCAAAGAAGAGUACAUUUAAGAUUAAAUAA